UGAAAGCUGGGCUUUGGGCCACAGUCCAGGGGGGAGACAUGCUGGUCAUGUCCUGGGCCCUGGGCUGAGCUCAGGAUGGGGUCCCCUGGAGCUGCUAGAGCCAUCGAUCUGAGGCUGAUGUGGGGUAGGCCUCCGUGGACCUCCAGGGAUUCCCAAGAGCAGAGGGGCUCUUCCAGGCAGCCCAGCCAGCAGACAGGUCUGGGCACUGUGGGCUCCCUGGGGCUUCUGAGAGGCUGGCCUGGGAGGGUGGAGGGGCCUUGGCCCCGUGGGGGGUGCCUACGCUUCGGGACAGCUGCUUGGGGCCUGAAAUCAAGAUGCACGAGGCUGGAACUUCAUUUAACCUCAGCCAAGACUGAGGUGGGCAGGCCGCUGGAAAGCCGAGGCUGUGCUGGCCGCCCCCUGUGAGGGCUGUGUCCCGUCCGGGCUGGAGGUCACUGAGAACAGUCUCUCCGACCCCAGGGAGGUUCCCAAGUUUGGGGUGAAUUCCUUCUCCCGCCCAAGUUUCUUAGUGACCUUGACAAGUGGCUCAAACAGCUGGUUCUCCAGCCGCAGCCGGAGGAAGAAGUGCUCUCAGCCAUGGGACAGGGACGGGGACCCCACUCCCUGACCUCCAGCCAGGAGCCCUCAGGCCCCGGUGAGGCCAUGUGCACAGCGCACGCUCUGUGGCCUCGGCUGGGUGGUGACCUGGGUCUGGGUGGGAACCUCGCGUCUCAGGCCAUGUGGGUUAAAUUCAGGGGAUCUCAGCCUGUUUUGGAAAAUCAGAACCGUAUUUUCUCUGCUGGAACGUCUAGUGUUUUAGCCUGGACUGCGAAAGCUCGUCUGGGUGGACGCUGUUUCUCCCCAGGGGAUUCGAUUUUCCCGGAACGCCAGCAGGAGUCAGCGGAAGGUGGGUUGGGGGGUGGAAGGGAAGCAGAGCCCGGGGGGCAGGGCUGCUGGGAUGCGUGCCCGGCUCUGUGCAGGGCUGUGGGUCCUGAGCUCCUCACUCAGCCCAUCUGGCUGCUCCUCUCCCGAAGACCAGAGCUGGGCACAGCAGGUGGGUUUUACAGGUGUGGGCUCUCACCUGGACACACGUCCCAGCUUGCCGGAUGGCGGGGGCUGCUCCUGGCCCGGCAGGAAGGACGAUCAUGUGGUCUCCGUGAAUGGGGAGGGGGGCUGCUGAUGCCUCCAUUCAGGGGGUGCCUGGAAAAGCCCCCGGGCCCCUGGCCCCUGUGGCUGUUUAAAGUCUGUGAAAUCCGAAUCCGCAGCUGCCCGGGGUCGCCUCCGGGAAAAAAUGCUGGGUGUGAGGGGCCAGAUACAGGUGAAGCCUUGUAUCUGGCAGUGUCCUUGUAUCUGGGAGUGUCCACUCAAGGAUCAGCCUGUCAGGGUCAGGCCCGGGGGUCCCCAAGGCUGAGGGACGUUCAGGGCCGAAGCCAGGAGAGUCCCAGGUGGACGUGUGGGCGGUAUGUGUCCCUGUUCAGCUCCCCAGGCCAGACCCCCUCCCUGGCUUUGCAGGUCUGGGGGUGCUGCCCCUCCAAUUCAGUGGGGUGGGGCCCUGCCUCAGUGCCCCCGGGGCAUAGCAGCUAUGAGGACCUGGCUGGAGUGCUGAGGGCCCCCAGGCCUGGGGCCCAGGUGGCUUGGAGAGGCCUCCUCAGCUCGGCGUUAACUAUGGGGUUGGUGGCUUCAGAGGCCUGGAGCGGAGAGCCUGGCUGCAGGGCUGUGGCAGUGCCAUGCGGCUGCCCAAGUAAAGUGCCACGAGCCAGGUGGUUUAGAAAGCAAACCUGUCCUCCCACGGCUCUGGAGGCCACAGGUCUGAGAUCUAGGCUUGGGUAGGGCUGCGCUCCCGGCAGAGGCUCCGGGGGACCCUUCCAGCCUCUUCCAGCCCCUGGUGUCUCCAGGCGUACCCUGGGGUACCCUUCCCGCCUCUUCCAGCCCCUGGUGGCUCCAGGCGUACCCUGGGGGACCCUUCCCGCUUCUUCCAGCCCCUGGUGGCUCCAGGCGUACCCUGGCCUGUGGCCUCAUCUCUCCACCCUCCGCCCCGGCUUCUCACGGCCAUCUCUUCUGCAUGUCUGUCUCUUCCUCUGCUCCUGUGAGGACACCCGUCGCUGGAUUUAGGCCCCACCCAGAUAACCCAGGAUCAUCUCACUUCAAGAUCUUUUGAUCAAUGUGCAAAGACCCCACUUCCCAACCAGGCCAGUCACUGGUUCCCAGGGUCAGCUGUGGAGACGUCUUUCGGGGUGUGAAGCUCAGGUUCUCAGUGCCUGCCCUGCACCACUGUCUCCUCCAGCAGACUCUGGGUGUCCACGGAAGGGCCGACGGCUGCCCCUGACCCAUGGGGGGGCCCAGCUCUGACACCUGAGCUUCUGAAUCACUCGUUUAGUUCUUCAAGAACAUUUUUUCCUCCCAGGCACCGUGGGCCUUUCCAGAGCACCCCGGGGUGGGGUCGCGGAGUGCUGCCUGGGCUGCUGCCCUCCUGUCCUGGCAGAUGCUGGCGCCUCCGGGAGUCCUCGCCAGUGAGCCAUGUGGUGGAGAGUCCCUUGCCCUGGGGGCCCUGUCAUCUGGGCAUAGUUCACAGUCACCUGGAGCUGGAGAUGUGAUGGGAGGGAGGCCCAGCCCCCAGCACGUGCCCUGCCCCCCUUCCGGGCUCCCUGAGGCUCCACUGAAUCCUUGGAGGGAAGAGAGGCUGGAUUCCUGGUGGUGACCUGAGGACUCACACAGGUAAAUCAAGCAAGACUGUGGGAGCCUGCACCCCUACACCUGUGCACCUGGUGCAACCCCACACCUGAACAACCCCAUGCUUGUGCAACCUCACACCUGUACAACCCCACACCUGUACCCCUGUACAACCCCACACCUGUACAACCCCACACCUGUACACCUGUGCAACCUCACACCUGUACCCCUGUACAACCCCACACCUGUACAACCCCACACCUGUACAACCCCACACUGUACACCUGUGCAACCUCAUACCUGUACCCCUGUACAACCCCACACCUGUACAACCCCACACCUGUACACCUGUGCAACCUCACACCUGUACCCCUGUACAACCCCACACCUGUACAACCCCACACCUGUACCACCCCACACCUGUGCAACCUCACAUCUGUGCACCUGUACAACCCCACACCUGUACAACCCCACACCUGUACACCUGUACAACCUCACACCUGUACCCCUGUACACCCCAACACCUGUGCAACCUCACACCUGUGCACCUGUACAACCCCACACCUGUGCAACCCCACACCUGUGCAACCCCACACCUGUGCAACCUCACACCUGUACACCUGUACAACCCCACACCUGUGCAACCUCACACCUGUACACCUGUACAACCCCACACCUGUGCAACCUCACACCUGUACACCUGUGCAACCCCACACCUGUACAACCCCACACCUGUGCAAUCCCACACCUGUACAACCCCACACCUGUGCAACCUCACACCUGUACACCUGUACAACCCCACACCUGUGCAACCUCACACCUGUACACCUGUGCAACCCCACACCUGUACAACCCCACACCUGUGCAAUCCCACACCUGUACAACCCCACACCUGUACAACCCCACACCUGUGCAACCUCACACCUGUACACCUGUGCAAUCCCACACCUGUACAACCCCACACCUGUACAACCUCACACCUGUGCACCUGUACCUCACACCUGUGCACCUGUACAACCCACACCUGUAUAACCCCAUAUCUGUACAGCCCCACACCUGUACACCUGUACAACCCCACACCUGUGCAAUCGUACACCUGUACAACCCCACACCUGUACAACCCCAUAUCUGUACAACCCCAUAUCUGUACAACCCCAAACCUGUGCAACCUCACACCUGUACCCCUGUACAACCCCACACCUGUGCAACCCCACACCUGUACAACCCCACACCUGUACAACCCCAUAUCUGUACAGCCCCACACCUGUACAACCCCAUAUCUGUACAGCCCCACACCUGUGCACCUGUACAACCCACACCUGUACAACCCUGCAACUGUACAACCCCACACCUGUACACCUGUACAACCCCACACCUGUACAAUCCCACACCUGUGCAACACCACAUCUGUGCAACCCCACUCCCACAUGAAGACCCAAAAGAACCUGGACACAUGCUGUCCAGAGCGUGGGUAGUGACAGCAGCCCCCACUGGAAGCAGCCCUGAUGUCAGUCCCUAGAUGAAGGGACACACGGACGUGGCUCAUCCACACAGCGGAACGUGAGCCAGGAAAGGGGUAGGCCCCAGCACCACCAGUGCAGGGGCGGACCCGACACAGGCUGAGCAGAAGCAGCCAGGCAUGAGAGGCCACCUGCCAUUCCAUCUGCAGAAAUACCUGGGAAAGGGAGGUCCGCAGGCGCGGAAGAAAUCACGGCACCACGUGCUGGGAGCAGCUGAUUCUAUGCUUGGUGGCUCGCACCUCAAUACAGAAUGGAAAGAUUCACAGCAGCUGAGAUGACGCACACUCGGGCUGACUUGGCUGGGCCGCUGGCACCGCGUCGCUUAAAGGCAAGCCUGACCUUUCCCCAGAAGCCUCAAGGCCCCAGUGGCCUCCGCUGCCAGGGCCGUGUCCUGGGGCAGUGUUCAUCCAGGGCACGGGGCAGGCCUGAAGUGCAGACGUUUCCUCUGCCAAGCAGUGAACGCAGGCUCAGCCCUCCCUGGCCAGGGGCAGCUCUAAGUUUGGAAAAACGAAAGUCCUGUGGCAGGGUGGGCCCGUUGGGUGAGAUCCCGGAGCCAGGGCUGGGCCAAGGUUUGGGUGGAGGGACCUCGGGCCUUCCCUGCAGCCAGCAUGGUGCAAUGGGGGGAUCUGGGGGCACAGGAAGCUAUAGUGGCCCCAGGAGAGGUCCCCAGCCUCCAGCACGGGCUGUGUGCUGGGGACAUCCUGGGAUCCCCGUGGAGUGGCCCUGUCCGGGGACUGAGCUGUAAAUGGGCAAGUGUGCAGGACCCAGAGACCCCGCAUUCACAGGGCCGGGCCCCACCUGCCGCCACAGGCCCCACGUGGCCGUCGUCCACACCCACGCCCGCACGUAGCAUGCAGCCCACAGCCCCACACCAGGCAGAGCAUCCAGGCUUUGUGGAAAGUGGCCUGCACGUGACCCACUGUGGCCCUGGGAAGGGCUGGGUGGCUGCUGGUUGCUUUCCUGGGAAAAGCCCAGAGUCCCCCAUGCCCUGUGUCCCUCCGAUGGCAGCGCCUGGACGUGGCACAGGGGGACGCCCUGGAGAGUCCUCUGCAUGUGGCCUCUCUCUCUGUCCUCUGCAGGGGUGCCAGGCCUCAUGAGCCAGAGCCCCUCAGAGGCGGAAUCUGCCCUGGGCUAAGCUUGGUCCCGCAGUGUUCGUAGGGGACUGUGACCCCACAGGCUGCUGUCCUUGGACGAGGAGGCAGGGGCUUUAGCAGUCACAGAGGGACCAGCCCAGGGGCCCCUCAGGAGUCUAGCAGGCUCUUCCCCUGAGGUUGCCCACUGUCCUGGCCUGAGACCCCCUGCUGGCCUGUGUGGACCCCCUGGGCAUGAAGCACAGGGGCAGUGGGUGGUACUGACGGAGGUGCCGCUGGAACAUUCCGCCCUGGCUCGCGCCGGCUCUGCUCAUGCGGCGAGGCCCUCGGGAGCUCCAUUUCCUGACAGCGCUCGGUCCUGAGGGUUCCUGCCCCUUCAGAACCAUCAACGGGUGCUCUGUGGUUAGGAAAAAGAAAACAAAACCCAAACCUGUUAUUUUUCCCGGGGUGAACAUGCCCCACAAGGAGGCCCGACUGGUUUCCCAGCUUCACCCACGUCUCGGCACGGUGGGCACAGGAGCCACCAGCAAGCCGGCCCGGCCCCACCCCGCUCCUGGGCCUGGGUCGAUAUUGAUUCGGGGAAGGCGGCACCAGCCCGCCCAUGGUGGAGGGAGGGUGUGGGGCGCCCCACAGGGCUGCCCAGAGAGGCCCCUGGAGCUGGGGAUCACAGAGACGGGCAGAGGCCAAGGAUGGGGAGGAGAUGGGGGAGCGAGAAGAGAUGGGGGCGGGGAGCCGUGGCUCAGGCCUGUAGUCCCAGUUACUUGAUCUCGAGAGUUCAAGACCCAGCCUGGGCAACGUGACAAGACCCCAUCUCUACAAAAAAUACAAAAAUUAGCUGGGUGUGGUGGUGUGUCUCUGUGGUCCCAGCUACUCAGGAGGCUGAGGUAGGAGGAUCUCUGGAGCCCAGGAGGUGGAGGCUGCAGUGAGCCGAGAUCACACCACCGCACUACAGCGUGGGUGACAGGGCGUCCUGUGCUGGGUGGGCAGCUUGGAGUGUGGCAAAGCGUCUCUGAUUCCUUCUUCCUACGAGGGUGCCCCCGAGGGUCCAGGGCGACAGAGCCCCUCGCCGUGUCGGGGCAGGUGUGAAGGCGACCGGUCUGGGCAGCAGCGUCUGUGGUCCCGUCCAGCCAUGCCCGCACGGCCGGCGAGGGAGGUGGGUGUGAAGAAGUGAGUGAAGGGAUGAGCAUUGUGGGCGCAGGAGGACUCUGCAGUCUCUGUCCCGAGAGCGGGGAGCCACCCUGCCACCCCGCCGCUCCUGCUUGGCAGGUUUCCUUCCAGCCUCCCUGGUGGCCGAGCGGAGCGUUUUAAAAACACACGGGAGUGCGUCCAGGCAGCACUGCACUUAUGCCUCCAGGUGACGGGUGACACAAAUCCAUCCUCAGGGUUUCCUGCCUUCAUUUUCGCUUCAGAGCAAGGCCCUGCUGUGGGGUUCAUGCAGAAACACCUCCCUCCAGGACUCUGUGGGCAGAGGCUCCUGCUGGCAGAAUUUUCUGUGGACAAAGGGACCAGCCUGGCUAGCAGGGCGAAGCCCCGUCUCUACUAAAAAUACAAAAAAUCAGCCCGGUGUGGUGGUGCGCGCCUGUAGUCCCAGCUGCUUGGGAGGCUGAGGCAGGAGAAUCGCUUGAACCCGGGAGGCGGAGGUUGCGGUGAGCCGAGAUCGCGCCAUUGCCCUCCAGCCUGGAGACAGAGCGAGACUCUGUCUCAAAAAUAAAUAAAAUUAAAAAAAAUAAAAUAAAUAAAAGCUCACCCAAACCAAGUCCUUGACAAAAAGACAUUUGUAAAAGUUACUUUCCAGCUGCCAGCAAAUCAGGGGGUAAAAGGGAGUUUCCAUUUUUCUUGACCGUGUGCUGGUUUUGCUUUUCGGAAACGGUGUGGGAGGGGGCCGGGGGUGCUGGGGGUCUGCGCCGUGCUCCGCCGUCCACCGCAAGCUGGCCCCCCGCCUCCAUCCCUGUCAGGACUGGGGUGAGGGUGUUGGUCCACGGGCAUCCUGGGGCAGAUGGGGCUUUAGAGAGCUUUGGGUGGAGCUCCAGAGACUGGACACAUGGGGUGGAAUUAGAGUGAUGAGGGCUGAACCCUCCCCUGUGUUCACCACUCAUCCCCCAGCCCCCAGCUCCAGGGAGGGCUCCAUCUCCGGGCAGCUGAGGUGGCCUCUCAGGACCGAAGGGACGCUGGGCCUUGGAUGGGUCUUGGGACCAGUCCUGUCAGCCGGUGGACGGCCCCCGUGCUCUCUGCAGCCACCUCCCAGAUGGAGACCUGGAGCCUUGCAGGGGAGCUGGCCACCUCGUCCGCCCUCUCCACGGGAACCAACCCCAAGCUUGCUCCACAUUCCAGAUGGGGCGUCGGGUUCCCCGAGGCUCUGUGACCGUGGGACGGGACAACAUGGAGACCUCCCAGAGCAGGAUAUGGGGGGCAAGGAGCGGGGGAAGCCCUCAGUUAGGGUGGCCUGCAAGUCCAAUCCCUCUUCCAGGUGGUGACAGCCCUUGGUCCUGGGGGCCUGAAGGACAGGCCCUGUGGCAGACUCGCCUAGUCAUUCCCCCCAGGCCUCAGGACACCUCAGGGGUCCUCGUGCCUCUUGAGAGCAGAUCUGCAAAAGUAUGUAUUUUGGGCUGGGGGCUCAGCCAAGGGAGGCUGGGGGAGGCAUUUCCCAGGUGGGAGCUCUGGUCUCCCCACCCCGAACACCAGACAUGGGCAGUGUUUGGUGAACACCAAAAAAGGGGUCGCCGUGGGGGACUCUCUGCUCUGAUGGAUGUGAGUCACCGGGGCACACAGGGGGAGCCAUGGGUGGUGGCUGGGCCUUGGUCUGGCCAGAUGGGUCGUGUCUCCACCAGGCGCCUGAAAUAGCUCUCCGGGGCAUCCAGCACAGGGUGGAGGCUGUGGACGCCCCGCAGGACGGACGUGGCUGGAGCCACAGCAGCCCUGCCAGGCUCAGGUACCUGAGACCCGGCCCAGGAUCACACCCUCAGGCCCAGGAGCCAGAACCAAUUGUGCCCCAUCCCUCCCCAUCACCACCCCACAUCCUGGUCCCACUCCUGCCCGGCUCUGCCAUGCCCUCAAGGGGAACCUGGCCAGCUUGGUGCCGAGUGCUGUGGCUCCCAGCAGGCAGCGUCCUUCCCUGCUGUCUGAACCCCCGUGGCCGACCCCACAGCUCCUGGCUCUGUCUCUGUCCCUGGUGGGGCUCCAGCCCCUCACUCCCCUCUCCGUGUCACCGAGUCCAGGGGCCCAGGCUUCUGGGGUGGGCACUGGAAAGCCAGGACGUCCUUGGAGCACCCAGGAGGUCCCUCAGGGGGGAUCACGAUGGCCUAGGCCCCAGGACCUUGCAGGGUGAGGGAUGGGGGCCAAAGUCGUGCCCACCAAGGCCAAGUUUUGGAAAUGACGUCGUCUUCCAACCUCACGCUUCACAGACAGGGGCACAGGUGGGCAGGGGCCUGGAGCCUGUGGGAGGGUCGGCCUUGCAGAGUCUCCAGCGAGGUCCCAUGGGGCGGUGGCCGCGAUGCGGGCACCUGUGUCUCUGUCUGGAGCUGCCGUACGAAGCACCACAGAUUAGGGGGCUUAGGACAACAGAAUGUGCCCCUCACAGCUCUGGAGGCCAGAGCGCCAAAGUCUAGAGACUCCUUUGGAGAGCCCCAGGCAGGGUCCUCCUGGCCCCGCCGGUACCUGCCGCUGCCGGUGCUCACUGGCUGGGGGCCGCAGAGCUCCGCCUGUGUCCCCGGUUCCCUCUGUGAACCUGUCCUCAGAAGGGCGCUUGGACUAAGACAGUGAGCCCAGCCUUGAACCAGUUAUGGCUUCAUGACCCUGUUUCUAAAGAAAGGCCCGUCCUGAGGCUUUUCAGACGUGAGCCUUAGGGGACACCGUGAAACCCACCACGGUCCCAGCUCUAGUUCAGGAAGUUGAGGCCAAGAGAGAUGGGGGUGCCCCCAGAUUCAUCCACACCUGAGUGCACAGCCGGUCAUGGGGGCCCAGGGGCCUGGGCAGGCAGAAACCCCCAGCCAGACACUGGAGGAAGGAGUGCUCUGGCUUUUGGGGUCACCCAGGGAGCCGGAAAGAAGUGGCAGGGCUGCUGCCUCCGGCGGGUGUCUGCUGAGGAGACCGCGGAGGUCUUGGGGGUGAGGGUUGACGUUCCACGAACCAGGCCAGAUGGAAGCCAGAAUCUGGCUUUGAGAGGUGGCUUUGGGCUGAUUUAAAUAAAGGAAGGGGCUGGGCGGAGAGGCUCACACCUGUCAUCCCAGCACUUUGGGAGGCCGAGGCAGGUGGAUCACCUGAGGUUAGGACCAGCCUGACCAACAUAGUGAAACCCCGUCUCUACUAAAAAUACAAAAAUGAGCCAGGCGUGGUGGAGGAUGCCUGUGACCCCAGCUACUCGAGAGGCCGAGGCAGGAGAAGCACUGUAAAUAGA